GGGCGGCUAGGUACCCUCUCCGCGCCGCGUCCCAGGGGAUGCGGCGGGCCCCGGACUGGGUGCAGCUGGAGGCCGCCCCCCGCAACAAGUGCCGGGUGCCAUGGCAACGGCGGGAAUUUCCCGGUCAGGGAGGCCGGAAGCAGCACCCGCCGGGCUCACGGCAGCGAAAGCAAAAUCCGAUCUCUCUCACGGGCGAGCAAAAUGGACGAAAGGCGACCCCCAGGAAGGGGCGCUGGGUGCCUUGGGAAUCCGAGGAAUCCCUUCUCUUUGCUAGUCGGAGGGGACUAGAGGGCGCCGAAGAGGCCGAAGAUCGGCCGAGCGCUGCCCCCAGGGGUCGAGGGCGCCGAGCGCAGCUGACGAGCGCAGCGCAGCGCAGCGGGCUCCCUUCCCAGCCGCCGCCGCUCAGCCCAUUGCGCAAACCCGGCGGAUCCAACCAACCCCGCUCUGCCGCUGCUGCUGGAACCCAGGAGGCGUGCUUGGAGGUUUCGGGCACUACGCGGGACUGGAAAUACCACGUACUGUCCUUUCGCCUAGACCCCCGCUCGGGCCACGCGGGUUCUGCCCUCAAAGCUGGUGGCUGUUCCAGACUUGGGGGUGGGGGGAGGGGAAGGGGAGAGGCUGGCGCCCCCUCCCCCAUUUAGCUUCCGCGGUCGUUGCAGCAGCUGUUGCCAAAUGAACCCCAGAAUGGGGACGUGCAACGCUUCACCCCACCCCCAGCCACACACGUCGCGGUCAGAAAACUGGGAAGGGGGCGCUGGAUCCAAGGUUCUGGAAAAGCAAGAACUCACCUGCAAACAGGCAGUCCUUCUCAGCUCUGGACUUCUGGAUCACAACGUCGAUAUCCUUCUGAAUUCGCUCUUGCCUUGAACACAUCCCCAUUAAAUAAAUCCCUGGAAAAGAA